UUGGCCUUUGACCCGAGUUCGCUGGUGAGCACUGCUCUCGUCUAACAUUCAUUGUCAAGAAUUAUCCGAAGACAUAUCACGUGCUGCUGCAAAUGUUAAAGUGAUUAAUUAAUUGUUAGAAUUAAUUGCUAGAGUGAUAAUAAAUUGAUUGUUGAUAUGUGAACAAUAUGAAACGUGAAGUACUUUUGUUGUUUGUGAUUUGCACAUUGGGCGGAGUUUCGACCGCAGGAGAAGAGAAUAGUUUGAUCCCGCCAAGUGUUACUGAAGAUUCCAAAAAUAUUAAUGAUGAUCAAAAAGAGCAGAUUGAAUUAAAACUGAGCGACCAGAUCCGGCGGGUGCUCGAGCAUUACAAGCAGCCGGAUCCGGUCGGAAUACCCGGAGCUCCCAUUCCGGAUCCGAUGGCCAUUCCGCCGAUGAAACACUCCUUCUCGGUGGCCACGAUGCACUUUAUGAAUGUUCAUGUCAGAGGAUUGUCCAAAUUUCGAAUAAAGCAUGUGAGGACCGAUUUGGCCGCUUUACAGGUCGUAGCCGCUCUGACGAUCGAAAAAUUAGACGUCGAUGGAAACUACACAAUGUCUACAUGGAUUAGCAGUUCCAAAGGCCCUUUCACAGUUGUACUUAAAAAUGUUUUUGUCGAAGCCAAAGCCAAUCUUGCUGUUGAAGUCGAUGGUAAACUUCGAGCCCAAGACAUCAAUAUGGACAUCACAUUUUCCGAUAUAAGUAUGGACUUCAAAAAUCUCGGUUUCAUGGGUUCCUUGUUCCAAGGAAUCAUCAACUCUGUGGGAACAUUUUUGUUUGAUUCUAUCAAACCUUUUAUUUUAAAAGAGGCUUAUACGAAAAUAAGGGAGGAGAUAAAUACGAAUUUGGACAAACAUGCUGGUGAUCACAGUUUCCCUAAUUCUAUAUCUCCUUUGGAUAUGGCGAUUGCUGAAGGCAGGAAAAAAGUCAGAAGUUUGGGGUAUGAUCCUUAUAAGGUGCAAGACUACAAUCAUUCUGUAGGAAUUUUUCACGCUGAAUUGACACAUACGUGGGCCAAAGGUUUAUCAUCGUUCUACAGAGUUGGUAAUAUGAAUUUCAACAUGGAAAACAACACUCUGAUGGUGGCUUUGAAUAUCGGUACCCAACGUUUAACUGGUAAUACCCAAUGGCAAAUAUCAGUAGCAGGCGGUAUUUUAUCCAGAGCUGGUACUGCCACUUUUACAGCAGAGUAUCUAAAAGUCCAAAUCAACGCCAGUCAAUCUUUAGACACCAGAAAACAUCCAAGUUUGGAUGAUUUACAAUUCGAUUUAGGCAAUAUUCAAGUGAGGUGUGAUGGUGCAGGAACCUUAGAUUACAUAAUUGAGGCUGCUGUAAAUAUUUUGCCAAAUUUAUUGAGGUAUCAGAUAAUGGACGCUAUUGAGAAUCCGGUUAGAAACAGGAUACAAGAAAUUUUGAAUGGAAUCAAUGUUGAACAAGUUAUUGACGAAAAGUUGCCUGAAAUUGAUAACUUGGAAAAUGGUUUUACACUGUAG